AUGUCUGAAUCUUAUGUUUUUUCUCUUGCGCCAAGAGAAUCUCAAGACUCUGAUGAUGAUUGGGACAGAUAUUCGGAAAAUCUGCGUCCAUCGAGAAGAGGCCGUAAAAUAGAAGCCUUAAAAAGGAAAUCUGAAGCUCCAACGGAAGCGAUGGCGAGAGAGAAACUGGAUAACAUUUUGAUGAAUACCGAAAAUGAGGAAUCUUCAAAUCACGACGAACUUCAAAAAAUAUUAGAAUUUUGCUCGUGGUUUGAGCAAAACUUUCCGGUUGGCCAGCAAAAGCUUUACUACGAAUUAUUAUGGAAAGUUGUGAGCAGUGAUGGCUUUAUUGAGAGGCACCAAGAAGAUCCUCGAAUGUUAAAAAUAUGGGAAAGAAUGGCAGAUAACAGUUGUGGGCAUGCGCAUGAAAUUUAUCAGUUCGCAGUUAGCAGAAAAUCGUGUUUUCGAAACGCCGCCUUGUAUGUCAGAUGGUCUCAAGAUGUGGAGCUGGCAGGCGCUUAUGUAGAAGCUAGAAGGGUUUUAAUUCUUGCAAAAACGAAUUGUGCGACACCUCUGGAGCUUAUAAAUGACGCGGAGGAUCAGUUGGAAAUGCGAGAAAUGCGGCGUCAUAUGGAACAAAAAGACUCGGAUUCGGACGGUGAUGAAGAAGAAACGAGAAAAGCGUUCACACAUCUUCCGGUGAUUGGCGAGCGUCAUGAAGUACCAAUUGUUCGAAUUCCGUCAAUUUGUGGGGAUAAUACCAAAAAAGCGAUGAGAUUUGACAAUCAAAAUGAGCAAAAGAUCGGUAUUUCCUCGGUAAACGAGGUUCAACCGUUUGAGGUUCUCUCUUAUGCGGAUGCUGAUGAUAUUGAAUAUUUGAAAAAUGUACACGAAUUAAGUGCUCACAUUGAAAGGCACGCUAUUAAAGAUGCUGCGGGAAGCUCGAAAAUUGCGAGCACGUCGGCUGCUGAUGAGAUCAAAAUCGUCCCAGUUCCUACAAUUUCAAGCUUUGAAGUUUGGACCAUUGAUAACGAUGGCAAGAAGUCGGGUCCCAAAGCGAGAAUGGCGAUCAAGCGAAUCUUCAAAGACAUCUCCUUCGAAGAGUACGCUGCUCAGCUGCCCAACCAUCCAGCGAUGGUCAAACAUAUCAUCGGUGUAAUCGACUUUGACGAAACUUUGUAG